AUGGAUCCUCCACGCCGAGCACCGCGCACAAUAAUCGACCCCGUCCCUAAAUUCCGUCAAGUCGGUUUCUUCGCUCCCGGAGCCCCACCCGAUCGUUCUCUAUCGGGUCCACCCGACCCUACUCACUCUUCUCACCCCAUCGCCGACACAUCCGCUUCUCUUUCACCUGUUAUGAUACCUCCGCCGCGUCAUCUUUCUGAUAACCUCGCUAUUCACGCUCGGUCCGCCGCGUUGCCUCGCCGUGCCGAGUCGAUUACUGUUGGUGGAAGUAACUCUGAUGCUCCUGUUUCGCCGGCGCCGUCGUCGUCGUAUUCGAGUAGGGUUGUUGUUGGUGGUGACCGAGGGUUUUUUGAUGGGAAGGGGAAUGAUGCUGGGAAGGUUGUCGCGUCUUCGUUUCCGAGAGGUGGAUUUGAUUUGACGGCUUUGAAGGGGAAUGGUGGUGGUGUUCCGGCGAGUGGGUUGACUACUGUUUCUGUUGUUAAUGAUUCGCUUGGGAUUGGGAUUCCUGAAAAAGAAAAAGCAAACAAAGGAGGAGGAUCAGCUGGGGAAAUGAAAGACCAAUCUACUAAUUCGAAACAGGAGAAACCAAAACCCACAAAAGCUGAAAGACGUGCACUUCAAGAAGCUCAACGAGCUGCAAAGGCUGCUGCAAAAGGCGAAGGAAAUAAGGCGUCUGCAACUGCUACUUCGGUGAAUGCAAAACCCGCAAAAGCAGUAAAGCCUGCACAGAAAGCUGAUAAUGCAUCAAUUGCAGCCACUGAGAAAAAGGGGAGUGAUUUCCCCCAUGAAAAGGACAGAAAGAAAGAUGCCCCUCAACCACGCUUGCAGUAUGAUGACAAAAGCCGGGUGGAGAAAGCUAAACGUCGUUCUGUAGUGAAACAAACCGAGGCUAGGAACAGAGUUGAGUUGUUCAGGCAUUUACCACAAUAUGAACAUGGGAGUCAGCUUCCAGAUCUUGAGGCAAAGUUUUUCGAUCUUUAUCCUGUGCAUCCUGCUGUUUAUAAGGUUGGUUUGCAGUACAUAUCUGGAGAUAUAUCUGGUGGCAAUGAUCGUUGUAUUGCAAUGCUCCAAGCAUUUCAAGAGGCCAUCAAAGACUACAAGGUUCCACCUGAGAAGAGUCUUGGGAGAGAUUUGACAGCAAAAAUUGGCAGUUAUGUAUCAUUUCUUAUUGAGUGCCGACCUCUGUCAAUCAGCAUGGGAAAUGCAAUUAGAUUUCUCAAGAGUCAGAUAGCCAGGCUACCUUUAACCUUGUCUGAAUUAGAAGCAAAAACUUCUCUCCAGUCUGAUAUUGAGCGUUUUAUAAGUGAGAAGAUCAUACUUGCCAACAAGGUGAUAGUCAAGCACGCUGUCACCAAAAUAAGAGAUGGGGAUGUUCUUCUAACAUACGGGUCGUCAUUGGCAGUUGAAAUGAUUCUUUUACAUGCACACGAAUUAGGAAAACAAUUUCGUGUUGUGAUAGUUGACUCACGUCCAAAGCUUAGAGGCCAACAGUUACUCCGCAGGCUUGUGGAGAAAGGUCUUAACUGUACAUACACUCAUAUAAAUGCUGUUUCUUACAUAAUGCAUGAAGUAAGUCGCGUUUUUCUGGGUGCUGAAUCGAUACUCUCUAACGGAACGGUAUAUUCAAGAGUGGGGACUGCAAGUGUUGCAAUGGUUGCUCAUGCAUCCCGUGUACCAGUCAUAGUAUGUUGCGAGGCCUAUAAAUUUCAUGAAAGGGUACAGCUGGAUUCAAUUUGCUCUAAUGAACUUGGUGAUCCGGAUGCCAUUUCAAACGUUCAGGGUAGAGUGGAUGUCAACCACUUGGAUGGUUGGGCCGAUAUUGAAAAUCUGCAACUUCUAAAUUUGAUUUAUGAUGCAAUGCCUUCAGAUUACGUUUCAAUGAUAGUCACAGAUUAUGGCAUGGUCCCCCCCACGAGUGUACCUGUAAUUGUAAGAGAAUAUGGGAGAGAACAGGUCUGGAUAUAA